AUGAAUUAUCCGUUUGACGAUCUUAUUUCUUUUAAUGAACCUGAGAAAAGAAAUAAAAGUCCAGCAAGAAGCAGUGUUCUUGAAGAGUUUGAUCCACUUUUUGGUACAACUUUACACACAAGUAGAAAAUCCUCACGAACAACUGUCACUUAUCACUCUACUGAACGUAAACACGACAUCCUGAGGAAAGAAAACGGCUCCGAUGAAACGCGAUCUUCAUAUCAAAAUCGAAUAGGGGGCGUUUUUGACAAAGACAUUAUUUGGGAUGAAUUAAAUACCCUCGCGUAUAAUGAAAAGUCCCUCCAACCGAAUAAUCUUUCUUCCUCUAAUAUAUCUUCGCCUACGGUCCCUCAACCUUUUCCGCUUAUUAGGCAAAAAUCACGAAGUAACAAUCUUCUCUCUGACAAUGUUUCUGUUGACAAAAGCCUACUGAAUUUUGCCAAGGCUGUCGAUAGUUGUGCACAAUGGUUACCGAGUGUCAAUGUCAAAUUUCCCUCCCCUCAAAUCACUAAACUCGAGGAUAUUUCGAUCUCAGAAACCCCUGUUGCUCUCAAUGGCUACCUUAUUGAUGGGGUUAUUAACAGUGACAAAAGCCUUUACUUGAGUCCUGUCAAAGUGGCCAAAAUGUUUGAUGAUUGGCGUGUCAAUCCCAGCCUUUUUAACAUUCCAGAUCGAUUUUCGACCACUUCUUUCCUUCCGGUGUUGGGCGUCGACUCAUUAGCUUCAUGUACCUAUAAAAUCUAUGUUCCUCGACCAGAGUACUUCCAUAAACGUUUCGAGGACAGUGUCAAGAAGUUUUCAUUAAGGGAACCCUUCAAAACUGAAUGUUUUUCAACUAAGUUGGUGUCCACCCUGAUGGAAGAGUGUCUUCAGGAGGUCUUUAAGGAUAGUUACUCCACCCCGAAGACGUCGGAUUUCUGCUUCCGUAUCCUCGGUAAAACCGAUAUAUUGCAUCCUCAUGCAGCUCUUGGUGAUCAUGAAUAUAUUCAAAGUUGCUGUCGAGCAAAGAACGAUGUUUACCUAAUCCUCGAGCCUUAUGCUGUGCAAGAGCUUUUCUUACCCACUCCUGAGGAUAGAGUCAACAAACUGAACCUACAUGAUCUUCCCACUAUGCAAUCGGAUAUUCCUGAUAGAAUCGCGAUUGAGGAAUCCGUGAAGAAGAUUCAGUUUUACAUUGAUAAACUCAUGAAACAGAUUCCCGCAAUGUCAACGUUGUAA